AUGAAAGGUAUUUCAGUAUUUUCUUUGUCUUUUAUUUUUUCCUUUUUUCUGUUGAGCAUUUAUACCUGUUAUAAAAACCCACGUUUUAAUGCUCUUAGUACAAAUUCGAAUAAAGAUAUAUCUCAAGACUUGGAUGAAUUGUAUAAAAUAAAUGAAGAAUUAGUUACGAAUGAAAAAGAGGAUGAAGAUGAAGAUGAUGAUGAGGAGGAGGAAGGGGAACUAGGGAGCUCAAACUUCUAUGACGCAGCACACGAAAGCCUUGAAAAAGCAGAGGAACAGGCAACUGUUGAUCUUGAAAAUGCAGAAAUAGAAAAUCUUUUAGACGAAGAAAUAUUUAGAAUAGUUCAAGAAAGAUUAAAAAAAUUAUGGUAUAUUGGAAAAUGCAGGAGGGAAUAUUCUAAUAUAUGCCCUUUAGGGUGGAAACUGUCAGCAUAUGAUACAAGUCUUUGUAUACCGCCUGAAACAUACCAAGGACAAUGUAGAUCUAUGGACUUUUCGAACAGCGCAGACACCGAUAAGGAGCUUUUCGCGUGGAAGUGCGAAGUUGAAUGGCCCUGUAUUAGCUCACCUAAAUUAAAAGUUAUGGCAAAGUGUCCCUUUAGGUGGACACAUGUUGGGAACAAUUUAUGCAUAGCACCAGAAGACUACGAUGGAAAAUGUUCACCGGCGAUGGACUUUUCAAACUACGAUUAUGAGAUGAGAAUUAGAAGGGCCAGUGAAUGCAACAUCAUGUGGAAUCCUUUACAAACACCUGAGGGUGCAACAACGCAAUUAAAGAAAUUAAGAUCAUCCACUGGAGGACCUAUAGAAGAAGACGGGCACGUUGUGCAUAUUGUGUAUUAA